AGCGUCGAGAACGAACGGACGGAGGCAGGAGAAAACAGCUGUACCGGAGGCCCACAAUGCGACUGCUGCAGGCGCUCUGGGCUUCGGGCUUGAUCCGCAUCCGCAAUGGCUGCGCACAAUGAUCCAAAGAGCCCGUAUUAUGCACUCUAGACCUGCGAAGGGAAGAGCACAAGCGGAGCCGUCUCAAAAUGAGCACCGGAUUCAGCUCGAACUCCUGCCGGUUUGCGGAUUAUUUCGUGAUCUGCGGUCUGGACACCGAGAGCGGGUUAGAACCCGACGAGCUAUCCGCUUUAUGCCAGUAUAUACAGGCUACUAAAUACAGAGAUGAUGCCAGAGGAAAGUUGUCGAGUGAAAAUGAAGGUGAGAAUUUUGAGCAGAGUCCCCUACGGAGAACAUUCAAGUCUAAAGUUCUAGCACAUUACCCUGAAAAUGUGGAGUGGAACACUUUCGACCAAGAUGCUGUGGGCAUGCUGUGUAUGCCAAAGGGCCUGUCCUUCCGCACGCAGACAGACACCCACGAGCCACAGUUCCACUCCUUCAUCAUCACACGAGAGGAUGGCUCGCGGACCUAUGGCUUCACCCUCACCUUCUUCGAGGAGGUGACCAGCAAGCAGAUCUGCAGUGCCAUGCAGACGCUCUAUCACAUGCACAAUGCAGAACAGUAUGAUAUCCUGCACACCCCCCCCAUCCAUCACAGUCCUGGAGACCACCGGCCUACACCGCCACAACUCCACGCCGCCCCCUCCCUCUCCAGGUUACAGCGAUUCAACUCCUACGACAUCAGCCGUGACACGCUCUACGUGUCCAAGUGCAUCUGCCUGAUCACGCCUAUGGCCUUUGCCCACGCUUGUAGGAGAGUUCUAGAACAGCUACACCAGGCGGUCACCUCGCACCAACCCCCGCCCCUUCCGUUGGAGAGCUACGUCUACAACGUCCUCUACGAGGUUCCGCUGCCACCAGCCGGGCGUUCCCUGAAGUUUUCGGGCGUAUACGGGCCAGUGUUGUGUCAGAGACCCAGUACGGCCGAGCUGCCCCUCUUUGAUUUCCCCCUACAGGAGGUGUUUGAGUUGCUGGGCGUGGAGAACGUGCUGCAGCUCUUCACUUGUGCACUAUUGGAGAUCCAGAUUCUUCUGUACUCACAACAUUACCAGCGGCUGAUGACUGUGGCAGAGAGCAUCACAAACUUAAUGUUCCCCUUCCAGUGGCAGCAUGUGUACGUGCCCAUCUUACCUGCUUCUCUGCUACACUUCCUGGAUGCUCCCGUGCCUUACCUCAUGGGUCUGCACUCCAACGGCCAGGAUGACCGCACCAAGCUGGAACUUCCCCAAGAGGCCAACUUGUGUUUUGUCGAUAUUGACAACCACUGCAUUGAGCUACCCGAGGACCUGCCUCUGUUCCCCAACAAGCUGGAGUUCAUCCAGGAGAUCUCUGAGGUUCUGCUGGCAUUCGGCAUGUCUCCAGAGGCAAACCCUCAGUGGAGCAAAGGCCAAAGCAAAAUCAGGGGGUUCCGCUCAGCUGACAUGGUCUCAGACAAGCGCAAUGGCAACCUGGCUGGCUCUCCGCUCAACUCGUUUCUCCUGAGAGAGAACCAAACCAUAGCUCGCCUGCAAGCCCUGGUCAAGAGGACUGGAGUCAGUCUGGAGAAGUUGGAUGUAAAGGAGGACACUAGCACUAAGGAUUCAAAAGUGCAGUGUGAGGAGGAGGAGCUUAAGAUGCAUCAGCUGAAUAUUCGGGUGCGAGAGGUCUUUGCCAACCGCUUCACACAGAUGUUCUCUGACUACGAGGUCUUCGUCAUCCAGCCCAGUCAAGACAAAGAGUCCUGGUUCAGCAACCGUGACCAGAUGCAGAACUUUGACAAGGCCUCCUUCCUGUCGGAUCAGCCCGAACCGUACCUGCCCUUCCUCUCCCGCUUCCUGGAGACGCAGAUGUUUGCCUCUUUCAUCGACAGCAAGAUCCUGUGCCACGAUGACGAGGACAAAGAGCACACACUGCGAGUGUUUGAUUCCCGUGUCGACAAGAUCCACAUGCUGAACAUCAGGACGCCCACCCUGCGUACCUCCAUGUACCAGAAAUGUACCAAUACCGAUGAAUCAGAAAAGGCCAUUGAGAUGAGACUGUGUAAGAUCGACCACACGGCUCUGCAUCCCCACCUGCUGGACAUGAAGAUCGGUCAGGGCCGCUAUGAGCCUGGCUUCUUCCCUCGCCUGCAGUCUGACGUGCUCUCCACUGGACCCACCAGCAACAAAUGGGUGAAGCGCAGUGCACCAGCACAGUGGAGGAGGAGAGACAGACAGAAGCAACACGCUGAACAUCUUUAUCUGGAUAAUGACCAGAGAGAGCACGAGGCGAGUCUGUUUUCUGAGCUUCAGCUUCUGCUGGCUCUGGACUACUACUGGUUCUCACAGUCCUUCAGGCCCUGUCUGAAGUCCGUCAAGGUGGAUGUGAAGUAUAUCCAGGAGGCCAGGAACCUGGGCACGACUCUCCGCCAACCCAAACUCUCCAACCUAUCACCUUCUGUCAUUGCACAGACCAACUGGAAGUUUGUGGAGGGACUGUUGAAGGAAUGUAGAAACAAGACAAAACGCAUGCUCGUGGAGAAGAUGGGUCGGGAGGCGGUGGAGCUGGGCCACGGGGAGGGUAGCAUCACAGGUGUGGAGGAGAACACGCUCAUCGCCAGCUUGUGUGAUCUACUGGAACGAAUCUGGAGCCACGGUCUGCAGGUCAAACAGGGAAAAUCUGCAUUGUGGUCACACCUCUUACAUUAUCAGGAGUGUAAAGAGAAGAGAGAUGCUACUCCAGCAGGACUAGGCCCUCCUGGUAUCAUUCAUGACACAGAGAGACGGAAGUCAGAUGCUAGUUGUGCAUUGCCGCCUCUCAAAGUCUCCUUGAUCCAGGACAUGAGGCACAUCCAGAACAUCAGUGAGAUCAAGACGGAUGUUGGGAAGGCCAGAGCAUGGGUGCGUCUCUCCAUGGAGAAGAAACUGCUUUCCAGGCACCUGAAACAGCUCCUGUCUGACCAUGAACUCAACAAGAAGCUCUAUAAGCGCUAUGCUUUUCUACGCUGUGAUGAUGAAAAGGAGCAGUUCCUGUAUCACCUCCUCUCUUUCAACGCAGUCGACUACUUCUGCUUCACCAAUGUCUUCACCACAAUUAUGAUACCAUAUCAUGUGGUGAUCAUUCCCAGUAAGAAACUAGGAGGCUCCAUGUUUACGGCCAACCCCUGGGUGUGUGUGUCAGGGGAGCUGGCUGAGACCGGAGUACUACAGGUGCCGAAAAACAGUCUGGAGAUUACAUUUGAGUGCCAGAACCUGGGAAAACUAACCACCAUACAGAUGGGCCAUGAUAACUCAGGACUGUAUGCUAAGUGGCUAGUAGAGUGUGUGAUGGUCCGGAAUGGGAUUACAGGGCACACCUACAAGUUUCCAUGUGGCCGUUGGCUGGGUAAAGGGGUGGAUGAUGGCAGCUUGGAAAGGAUACUGGUGGGCGAACUGGUGACUAACACGGAGAGCGAAGAAAGAAUGUGUCGGACUCCUCCAAUGCAGCAAUCCCCCGGGAUGAUGCGGCGAUUUGUCACCAUUUCACCAAACAGCAAACCAAAGUUAAACACUGGCCAGAUCCAGGAAGGGGUGGGAGAGGCGAUUAAUGGCAUCGUCAAACACUUCCACAAGCCAGAAAAAGAGAGAGGAAGCCUCAUAUUGCUUCUCUGUGGAGAGUAUGGUUUGGUGUGGGCACUUGAGCAAGUGUUCCAGCAUGGCUUUAAGUCACCACGCCUCUUCAAGAACGUCUUCAUUUGGGACUUUCUAGAAAAAGCUCAAGUGUACUUUGAGAGUGCGGAGCAGAACCAGAUGACCCACGAUGAGAACUUGCAGAUGAGGGUGCGCCAUUUCUGCCAUUUCAUGCGUGCCAUCAACAGCACACCCAGAAACAUCGGCAAAGAUGGGAAAUUUCAGAUGCUCGUGUGUCUCGGGGCCAGAGAUCACCUGCUACACCACUGGAUAGCACUCCUUGCCGAGUGUCCAAUCACAGCACAGAUGUAUGAGGACAUGGCUCUCCUAAAAGACCAUUCUCUGGUGAACUCUCUGAUUAGAGUGCUUCAGACCCUGCAGGAAUUCAAUAUCACUCUGGAGGCCUCUCUCGUCAAAGGGAUCGGUAUAUAAUAUCAUCUGAAAAUAGGGAUGCACCGAUACCACUUUUUUUCUAUUGCGAUACCUGAAAUCUCAGUAUCGGCCAAUACCGAUCCUGAUCCUGAGUUAUUUUUUUGAACCCAUUCAACUUGAAUAUUAAUAUCAUUUGUAAACAAAUAAUAACUAAUUUAGAAUUUUAAAUACAACAGUAAUAUAUUUCAACCAUUCACCUUUAACUUUUAAACCCUCGUGCUUUUAUUUUGACAUUCUGAACUCUCCAGGACGUCCUGUAUGUGUCUGUUUGUAGGCAAGUUCACAGUGGUUUAAUUCGCUUCUUAUUCAAAUUCUGGUAAAAUCUGUUCUAAAUGCAUAUUAUAAGUGAACCGAACUAUUGAGCAUCUACAUCUAAGGUGUUGUUCGUGAGUAACGCGCUGGCGCUGUGCGUGCAUUUUAUACAUUUACAUCACAAUCUUUUGUGAUUCUCAGAGCUUUCGCACAUCUUCAAGUGGCUUUGAAUAAAAUGCACAAAACAUAUGAACUACAUUAAGGGUGUUUUUAUGGUUCAUUUAUGUAAUUUUAGGAGCAUGGCCGAAACAAACAUGACUAACAGAGAGCAGCGGAUUUGGAUCGGGCUCAUCGGACCGAUACCCGAACUGUCUAAAAGCGUCAGUAUGGGAUCGGUGCAUCCCUAUCUAAAAAUAGAACUAACACAGAUCAGUGGGGACCAUGGACUAUCUAAACUUUUUUUUUUACAUGGAGAGACUUGACCAAGAGGACUGAACUUGGCUUAUGUUAAAGCUACUGUCAUGUAUGCCAUAUAAUAAGUGCAAUGAGCCUUUUCAAUUGUGUCAUGAUUUUUAUCAAUAAUGUUACUCUUGGACAUUAAAAUAUGCCUAUUUUGAUCCAUACUUUUCACAAAAGUGAAAAAAAACCCACCUACCGUUUUAUUGAAAGCUCAAUAUUUUUCGUUGUUGUUGUGGACUGCUGACAAUGGCUAUAUUUAAAAGUGAGAAAAACUGUUGUUAUAUUUUCAAAGAAGAACAGUGUUAUUUUGAUAUGUCGGUCAGGUUGCUUGCUCUGUGCUAUUAUCUAAUCCAUACUGUCCCAAUGCAGAGUUUGAAGCAAAUGAUGUAGAAGUAUGGUUUAUUAAUAUGACAUGGGGAAAAUCCUAUUUUUACUUAAAAAAGAAAAGAAAAAAAAAGCUAAGAAUGGAAAGAUGAAAAACUAGAAAACGCUCUUGUUUUGUAAUGAAUCCAGGGGCUUGUGUCAUGCCCAAAUCAUACAUCGCCCAGGUCAUGUAUUGAUGCACAGUAUUUGUUGUAUCGCAUUUGAUGAUGAUUCAAAUGAAAAACAAACUAUAUUCCUGUAAUUUCUAACUGUAAUACAGUAAACUAUUACUGAAUUACAGUUUUGAGAAUCACCACUGAGAAUAAUGGAAAUGAGUCAAUGAAGAAAAAAAGUAAAAAGGAAAAUGUCUGAAUGAAAACGUGAUUAAUUAUAAUGAACAUGAAUUCACAAUGCAAAAAAAAAAUGGUCCUAAAAAUAGACGUAAUUUUCUUUAUGCAAAAUAUAAUUUUGUAUUUUGGUGGUGAAAUGUGACCUGGAAAUGUUUUCGUGAGAUUUAACCUGUUACAAGUACAUUAUAAACAUGUUUUAUUAUAAUAUAACCCUAUAAUCAAAGACAUGAAUCACAAAAAUGAUGUCCAAACCUCUAUUGGAUAGACUAUAAAAACUAAAAACAAUACAGUACUAGCCGUCCUUGUACUACUGGCUUAUGGUAACUUUUCUUUCAUCCCUAGAAAACCUCUAACCAAAGGAUCCGUAAAAUUCCCCGUCUAUUCAGCCCUCAACUCCUGACUGCAAUUCGGAGUAGAAUUAAAUUGCAAUUGAACUCAGUUGUGACAGUCCACCCCCUUAGUAAAACAUGCUAUGCAAUAUUUACAGCUCCAAAACACCUGUGUUACUGAACACCGAUUGAAUAUCACCUGUUUUAGAGUGUAGCAUAAUUUGUAGUCAGGACAUAACUGAGAGAAGCACAUUAAAGGCUGACAUUCAUGUGCCAAUUUCAUCAUGACUGUUCUAGUACCCAAGCAAACACAGCUGGCAUGAGCAUUCUGGGAGGUUUUUUUUUUCCUUGUGUUUUAUCUCUUGAUACGUUUAUAGACAAAGCCGUGUAAUGUAGUGUUAAAUAUUGAACAAUGUGUACAGUGUAUAAAAUGUAUUAAAGAUGACAAUUCAGUAUGGUUGUGAUGCUUCAAUCACCUGUAGAAAUGGAAAUCAGAAAGCCAAAAAAAUUAUAUUUUGGAUACAAAGUUAUGGAAGCCAGUUUCCACCA